AUGCUUAACAAUCCAACCAUUCACGCUUCAGCAGGCCUUGCAGCAAUCGGUUGGUUGAUCAUGUUCAUCGGUGCCUGUGCAGCCCAUGCCCGUGGAGGAGCAUGGUGGGUUAUCGUCUAUCAAUUGCUUUUCCUCAUUGGAUUUUACGUCGUCAUAUCCAGAUCCCUGAUAAAGCAAUAUCGAUUUGCUAUCCUCACGUUCUUGGCUAUUGGGAUAACCAUGCUCACCCAGCUUCUUGGAGCCUUUGUGGGUUCUUCUAAUGGUGCAGCACAAGCGAGUGCUGCUGGUUCAUGCAUUUUGAUCAUUAUGCAGUACUUUUGGGUCUUUGUUAUUGGAAGUGAAGAGGAUUCAGGUGUUUAUCGAUGGAUAUUUGGUCAAACACACCACAACCCAACUGCAACUGGAAUUGCAACACCAGCACCUUUCUAUGAAACCAAAUCAGCCUACAGCGAUGAGGUCUACUCUCAGCAACCACAAAAGAACGCCCCUUAUCAGCCAUCAUCCGACGAAGCUAUCGCACAUGAUUCUCCCAUGAAUAACGAAAGCAGCGUCAAUGGGUCUGCAAAGAUGGCACGAGAUGAGGCAAGAGCAAUCCAUGCAUAUCGAGCCAAUCCAGAGGACCCCAAUGAAAUUUCAUUCGAGAAAAACGAAGUCCUGGAAAUCUUGGAUCGACAUGGCAAUUGGUGGCAGGCAAGAAAGUAUGAUGGCAGUACUGGAAUUGUGCCUAGCAACUAUGUAAGAUGA